AUGGAGGGAUCCAUCCCCAGCCAGGAAAGCGUGCCGACCGGCACAGAGCCCUCCAACGCCACCAAACUGCUGCACCUGGUUUUCCUCUCCACCUCCUGGGGAAUGCAGAUCUGGGUGACCUUCGUGGCUGGGUUCGUGAUGGGCAGCCGUCUCCCUCGCCACACGUACGGCUUCAUCCAGCGCGAGCUCUUCCCUUACUACUUCCACAUCGGCUCCGCUUGCGCCUUCCUCAACCUGACUCUGUUCGCCAUGUACCACCCCAGCGAGCUGCUCAGCGAGGAGCAAACUACCCAGAUCAUCGUCUUCUUCGUUUGCGUCGCCGCAUCCGUGCUGAACACGCAGUGGUUCGGGCAGGUCGCCUCCGACAUCGCGGCGGACAUGCACCUCGUCGAGCGCAGCCACGGCCUGGGCCAGGAGGUCGGGCUGUUUGCCAGCGAGUCCUGCAGGCAGCUGCGGGCCUCCAACCCCGGCUACAGGUGGCUCUUCGGCCAGCUCACCGUCUACCACGCGCUGUCCUCGCUCUGCAACCUCUGCUGCAUCGCCUGCAACGGCUUGAGCCUCUACUACUUGGCUGCUCGGCUCUCGGCCCUGUGA